AUGAAAAGAAUCCUAAGAGCUAGUAGAAUUGCGGAGGAGCCAGAAGAUCACAUGAUCAUACCUGAGGAUGAUCAUGAUACCGACGAUUCCGACAAUCAUAGGAACUUAAUGUUCUUCAUGCUGAUAAUGUGCAGCAUUCUGCCUCAAUUUCGAGUUGGAGUGGAAGAUCCCUUCAUCUUCUCUAGGAACCGGCACAUGUUCCACCAAGCAUUGCCUGCCCAUCAGCGCCGCAUUCAAGAAAGGAGGAUACCAAGAGGAGCAUUGAAUGAUCCCACUCAAUCUGGGUGGAGAAGGCUAUACAAGAGUGGAAGCGACCAAGCAUUAAUCACAUACACCGGGUUUGAUCAUGCAUCGUUCAACUUCCUUUUGGGGCUCUUUAGUCCACUCUGCAAUCAGUAUAGUCCUCAUGUCAACAUGAGAAAGUUGACUCCCCUUCAGCGGAGAGGUCGCCCAAGAAUGCAUACUGCAUCAGAUAUCCUUGGGCUGAACUUGGCAUGGUCCAGAACAAAGGGGUCAAUCCAGUCCCUCUCCAUCAUAUUCGGCAUGACUGCUACCAAUGUCCAUCGCUACCUGUACUUUGGACGGCGUAUUCUCAUAAUGGUGCUUCAAAGUCACCCUGAUGCUGCCAUCCGCAUCCCAUCAGCUGAGAAGAUUGAGGAAUACAAGCAAGCGGUCAACAAUAAGCACAAUCUCCUGACUGAUGUCUGGUGCUGUUUUGACGGUCUGAAGCUGGGAACCCAAGCUCCUACCAAUGCAGGUCUUCAGCGUAUCUUCUACAAUGCAUGGAAAGCAGACACCUUUGUGAAAGGUGUCUUUGCAUUUGUCCCAGAUGGCAAGAUUGUGAUUGCCUACUUUAAUGUCCCUGGAAGUGUACAUGAUAGUCAGCUGGCCUAUCUUGGAAACAUAUAUGGCAAAUUAAAGAGUGUCUAUGAUCAAUGUGGUGGUAUUGCUGUUGGCGAUUCUGCUUUUGCUGCUUGCGAGAGGGACUACAUCAUCAAGUCCAGCGCAAACAACAAAGAUGGGCCGCCGCCCAACCUAAACUUCAUGUCAGAAGAAGAGCUACAUGAUUAUCUUGUGAAUAACCAGGCUACAUCAUUGCGUCAGACUUCUGAAUGGGGUAUGCGUGGCCUCCAAUCAUCAUUUCCCAGACUCAAUGAUCGUAUUCAUUAUGAACAGUACAGUGAAAGGAAGUACAUCAUGAAAUUGUUCUUACUUUUGUACAAUCUUCGGGCAUCAAGAGUGGGCAUUAACCAAAUCACCAACACAUACAUGCCACAUCUAAAUCAAGAAGCCGACAACUUGUUCCCUCAGUUCAAUGAUGCUCCAAAUGAUUAA